CUGGUACCGUUAUCUCCGUCCAAGUGGAGGGAGUCUGAGCGUCGUCCAGUGGAUGAUGAGACGAAGUAGAAGAGAAGACUGUGAUCUCCAGAAAAACUAAAGUAACCUACAUUGGUUGUAAAAUGUUUCUGACGCCGAAGUGGUGGAUGUUUGUCGUUUUCCUGACAGGUGUCCUACCUCCAUGUUGCCUAGGGGUUCAUGUUCAUGUGAGAGAUGAGAAAAGGUAUGCCAUGCUGUUCCAGUCAGUGGUCCUGCCUUGUCAGUACACCAGCGUGUCUACCCAGACACCUGUGGUGCAGUGGGUCUACAAGUCCUACUGUCGAGACCGGACGCGGGAUUCUUUUAGCCUUUCUGACAGCCUGAAUGAGGGCCUGGGAGGAGGCAGGCUGACAAGUGGAUCUACAAGACUUGGAGGGUACGAGACAGCACUGAGUGCAAGCUACCUUGAGUGCUCUGACAGCAGCCGGACAGUUAGAAUUGUGGCCUCCAUCUCUGGUUCAUCUAUCACACUGUCGGAAUACUACAAGAACAGAGACAUCUCUGUCAUCAACAAGGCAGACCUGCGGAUAGGAGAGGUCCAGUGGGGAGACAGUGGCAUUUACAUCUGUAAAGUGGUCAUACCCGAUGACUUAGAGGGACAGAAUGAAGCCUCAGUGGAGCUGCUGGUUCUAAGUUUCUCAGGUGUGCCUGAAGAUUUGCUGCCAGACUUUGAAUUGAAGAUUAUGCCAGAGUGGGCGUUUGUGGCGGCAGUAGCUCUGGGCAGUGUUUUAUUCCUGCUGUUAGUUGGGAUUUGUUGGUGUCAGUGUUGUCCUCACUCCUGCUGCUGCUAUGUCAGCUGCUGGUGCUGCCCUGACACGUGCUGCUGCCCCAGACACUUGUAUGAGGCAGGUAAGGGUAUAAAGACAGGCAGCUUCACCCAUCAGACACCUGCAUACCCUCCCUAUUUUGUCUCUGGUGUUCCAACCAUGGUCCCCAUUGCCCCCCCCUCACUGGUGGACAAGAUGUCAUCUGCCCCCACCUCCACCAAUGGAACCUUACUUACAGCAGUGCCAGUGCAUGCUGUGGGGGUUUCCUACCGCGUGCCUUCCCCUCAGGAACAGGACUCUCUCAGAGUGCUACAGUAUGUAGAGCAUCAACUGGCUCACUUCAACCCUGCCAGGUCCACCAGCCACCAGUCUUGUAGUGUUUCUGAGCUAAGUUCUCUUCACGAGGGAGAAAACGGCUUCCGCCAAACAUACCGUAACGUCCAGAAGAAAGCACUGCCCGCUAUCCCUGAUCAUAAUCCACAGCCUGAACCGCAGCCCUACUGCGGCAGUCAUAGCCCAGAGCCACAGUGUUAUCGUAACAACCCUCCUUCACCCCUGCAUUGUCGUAAUGACCCAGAAUCAGAGUCUCACAGAUACCAGGAAAAGCCUUUUCCUCCACGGCGUUACAGCGAAGACCCUCCGUCCUCCUCACAGUCUCACAGACCCAGCCGUACUCAACAGCAACAGAUCCACAGUGAGGAGGACAACCACCACAGGUGGAACCCUCGUUCAGAACAUCUGCAGAGAAAGAGGUAUCAUACUGCAGAAACAGACUCGCUGGACGAGUUGGAGGAGUUUGCUCCUUGCCAGACAAGAGGCAAAAGGCCUGAAAAGAGGCAGGAUGGACAAGGAGACUACGAGCUGGAGCUUCUGGAAUUCAAUCGAUAUCCUUCCUACCGCAAUGGCCCACCACAGCAUUACCGCAGUGAUGAAAAUGACCUUGGAGACAACAGUGAAGAUUUGCCCAGAGGGAAUAGAAAAAACACACACAACAUAAGCCCACUUUCUUCACCCAAAAAAAGAAGGGGGACUUGGGAUAGUGAACAUGCUGCUCCGCCCCCUCCCAGACUAAAUCUACCCUCAACAUCCUCUCAAGAGAAGGACUAUGAUGGCACAUUUCUUAACAGCUUGCUGGAGCGUAAGGCUAAGUUGCGAGGGGCCGGGCAGGGUCAGAGCGCAGCGCGGGGUGAUCAGGAUUCAGAUACACCCUCAAAAGGCAGCUCCAAAAAAAGCAGUGUGGAAUCUAGUCGACAUUACAGUCGCUCACCUAGUAACAGGCCUGAGGCGGAUUCACUCCCUCCCUACUCUGAUACAGAGAGAAGCAGAUCUAGCAGGCCAUCUCCACGGCCACUCCCAGCUAACACUCAAUGCUCUCAACCUUCUGCUGAUACCCUGACUGGUCGACAAGAGGAACCCAGAGACAAAUCCAGAAAAGUGGUCAGGUUCAGAUGCUACCAGAGGGAAAACUAGCAGAGCACUCUUCUGAGCCGAGAUUCCCUCAUCGUCUGAAAAGCUUUGAGCUUCUGGUGCGAAACUUUGGGAACUGCACUCCUGCUGAAAGAUGAUGGAAUUGACUCUUAGUGUGGAUUGUUGACAAAGCUUAAAGAAUAGGCACAAACAAAGAAAUGGACAACUGCCACACUUUCUUCAGAAUGUCAUCAGGCUUUCUGGCAGUGACGUUGCUGAAUGAUGAAGUCAGUGCUUAGUUUCUGUCACUGCCUGCCUCACAUACAGAUGCAGAUACAGUACAGUGUAUCCUGGACUAACACUGAACUGUGUGUUGGUUGUGUGCCCUGAACAGUCCCUCCCAUCAACGCUCUGUUCGUCUCCCCUUCUUCCUUCAGAAAAUAUCGAAGUGGAGACUGGCUUUAGGCUUUCAGCACAACCAUUUCCUUUAUUUUCAUUUGAAAUAUAUGCCCUUGAGAAGAACAGAACGUAUCAGUUGUGACAAUACCCACACUGUGUUAUUCAGUAAAUAGGGAUUCAUUCAGAAAGGUUUUACAAUGAGAGAAGCAGUGUGGACUUACCAACAACAACAACAACACCCAUAAAGCUGUAGAUUUGGAGAAUCUUUGCACAUCUAUUGAUGUCAGGGUUUUCACAUUAUCCCUGAAAAUAAUGUUGGGGAAAAAAUUGCAGUUUGUCUUCAACUCUAUUAGGAUUUUUUAUAUUUAUCAAUUAUGAGGCAUUGUAGCAUCUCUCAUAUCAAUAUUUAAAUUUAUUUUCUCAGUUUUGAUUAAUAAUUAGCUCCCUCUGCAUUUGCAUUGUUAGAGCCACAAAGCAAUAAAGCUACAGUACACAGACUACUGUAAUGUACCUGCUCACACCAAAGCACAGUUAGACAGAGGACGGGACAAGGUGUUAAACUAAAUAUUCACUAAAUGUUUUUUGGAAAAGUUAAAAGAUGUUUAAAAUGCUAGACUCUAAUACAGCAAAUAAACAGACACAUACUGAAAGCACUGUACAAAAACAAACUAAUAUUGCUCCAUUUUAACAUUGAAUGGUGUUAUAUUAUGUUCACAGCUUGUUCUGCUUUAGCCAAUCCAUGCUACUUUCUGUGACUUAAUUAGAUCAUACACGCAAAUGUACUUUGCCCAUCAUCUUAGAAACAUAUAAGAAUAUAACCUGACUGAGGUUAUAUUGCAAUGCUACAGUAGUCCCCAUAACUUUAUGUUUACAGUAUAAUGCAGCUUUCUAUCUUGUUAAUCUGUAUUAAAGUUUACAUCAAGUAACAUUUUCUUUCAAACCCAACUAUUAUUUCAAGCAAGCAUCUAAGGUAUUUAAUUACCCAGUGGCUUCACAUCUAUUUAUAUGGUAACUAUUAUGUGUGAUAUGAUCAUUGUGAUUUGUAAAUACAGUAAUGGUCUAAGCACUCCACUGAAACUGUGUACAUACUGUAAAAGGAAGUGUCUUUGACUUGAUUACUGUGAGCCUUUUCUUAUCCUUGCUUUUUCAACAGCUAUUUUUUUUAUAUGUUGUGCCCUGUGCAGUAUUUGUUCAUUCCUACCCACACGGUGAAUAGGUUUGCCUUUAGUUUGCUUUCUGCCAUUCUCUGCUCUUCGGUACAGAUUUGUGUGCGUGUGUGUAUUACAGAGAAAUGACCAUCACUUAUCUGUCAAGGAGACAAUGUGUAAUUGAGUGUGACUCAUGGCUUUGUUCAUUGUUGUAGCCACAAACUAUGUGUCGUCAUUACACAGCUGUGUCAAAACUCACGCAUCAUUUCUGCUAGAGCCCAACCACAAAAAUCUGCUUGUAUUUUUGUUGCCCACGAGUGUUACAACACUUAACAAUCCAUCCAAUACAUGUUUAAAAAUUCUAAUUAUUUAAAUGUUAAGACACAAUGUGGUACUGUUAAUAUGACACGAGAAGAUCCAUUGUGUUUGUUUUUUUGACAUUAGGUUUAGGGGCCAAAUAUGCACAAACACAUGCAAGUUAUUGUCCAUUUUUAUAGAUUAAACCUACAGUACCCAACACAGUCUACUGUAGGUACAUUUGUAUUUUAUAAACAUUAAUCUAAAAAUUGUAACAACACUUUGAAAUAGCAUAAUGUCACAAGGAUUUGCUUUACCCAAUAACGUUUUGAUAACACAUUUUGAUAAACGUUUUAAUAAUGUUUUUAACACUUGGUGAAAUAGUUAUAUUUCCACAAACACUUAGUUCACAGGAGUUCACAGGAAAAACACAUUUCAGUCCUUUAGGUUUUACAUAUUAUUUAGUCUGUGUGAAAGAAAUGUCUUCAUUAACUUUACAGUAUAUUUGUGAUGGGAGGGAAUUGAGUAAGACAUUUGAGUGCUCACAACUUCAGAGUAUAGUAUGUCAGGAAUGUUGUUGAUCUACUCCCUCCUGUACUUUACAGGAAAACAUGGCAUCACAGAGUAAAAGGUUUGUUUCUACUUUGUGUUUUUGCAUUUGGAUGGAAGUUACACUUGAUCAGUUGACAUUUAGCAAACAUUCUGGAGUUAAGUUGCUGUCUAUCAAGUACUGUGUGAUCCAAUCACAGACAUAUGAGGCUCAGUUGUUUGGUUAAAGCCAGCGCAGCCACUUGAGACACCCUACUUCCUGAUUAAAAAUCUAUGCCACACAGAAACUUGUAACUGGACAACACUUUAGCAUUAAAAAUAAAACUUUAUGUUAAGGAUUUUUGUCACUUUUUUGAUAGCCUUCAGUUAAAUUUUCAAGAUUGUUUAAAUGGACUGAAAUGGCAAAUCUACAUGAUUACAUGUUUACAGCUGCAGUAAAUAAAAUGCAUCAGCGCUA